UUUGGGACAAAGACCCAUCAUUUAUUUAUUUGCCUCUGUACUCCACAAAUUGAGAUUUGUAAUAGAAAAAAAUAUCACAUUGGUUAAAGUGCACAUUGUCAGAUUUUAUUAAAGGCCAUUUUUAUACAUUUUGGUUUCACCAUGUAGAAAUUAGAAACAUAGAAAAUAGGUGCAGGAAUAGGCCAUUCGGCCCUUUGAGCCAACACUGCCAUUCAAUGUAAACAUGAUUGUUCACCUAAAAUCAGUACCUUUCCUGUUUUUUUCCCCAUAUCCCUUGAUUUCGCUAGCCCCAAGAGCAAAAUGUAACUCUCUCUUGAAAAUAUCCAAUGAAUUGCCCUCCACUGCCUUCUGUGGCAGAGAAUUCCACAGAUUUUUAACUCUCUGGGUGUUCUCAUCUCAGUCCUAAAUGGCCAACCCCUUAUUCUUGAACUGUAUGACCCCUGGUUCUGAACUCCCCCAACAUCGGGAACAUUUUCCUGCAGUUACAGUAAGUGUAAAUCUAGUAGGCAAGCAGGAUGCUUUCUCCAACCAUCCCCAUUUAAAGUCCACUAUCUUCCACCGUUUCUACCCAGUGCUUGGUACCUACUUGCAGCAGUCACUGGUUGUCCUCCAGGAUGCACCGAGCCGCAGCCAGGUCCAUGCCGGUCACCAGGGUGAAUUCAGCGUAGAGACUCUCAUGGCAGCGGCGCAACGCAUCCGACGCCUCCGACGGCCCAGGACUCUUGCAGUGAGGCUGCUCCAUGGCCGGAGGCGCAGCAAGCGACUCGCCAGCCCAGCAAACACUUGCCAGCCCCGGCUUCCCGUCCGCAUCUGCCCCCGCCGCUGCUUCUGCUUCCAUCCCUCCCUCCGCCCCGGCUCUCCAACAUCCGCGACCCAUGCAGUUGAUGUUAGUUUCGAAAUUCUCGUUGAUCACAGAAUUUCUCACGACAGCAUAAUAUGUGAGAGUUGACAUGGGCAUGCGUGGUCUACAAUUUGUACAUAUGAUGAUUGGAUCUGAAUGAAGAAGCAUAAAAAAUGAUGUUAAACUUGGAACAGCACAGCAUGUGAUACAAACAUUGGUCCUAUGGUAACAGUGAGGAGGAACGUUAUAAAUUGCAGGGAGGUACAGAUGGUUUGGUGAACAGGGCCAAAGAAUAGCAAAGUGAUUGUAAUGUAUAGAAGUGGGAUGCUAUACAUUUGGAAGGCUUUUGAAGGUAAAAGAAAAUGAGGAAAUUGGGUUGUGUGGCUGAACAGAGGACCUCUAAGGUAACAGUAUUGGUCAAUUAAAUGGGCACAGGAAGUGCUUUUGUUUAUUAGUUGAGAAUGUAAGGGCGGAGAGGCUCUGCUCCAACAGCACUUGGUCUACAGUUUAGGUACUGCACAAUUCCGUGUGUUUAAAAAAGCAAUGAUCUGCAGGGCCAUGGCGCAAGUAUUGAAAGGGGGAAUUAGUUGGGAUUGCUCUUUUAUUUUAUCGGCCGGCACAUGAAGAGCUGAAUCACCUCUCUCUGCAUCGGAAUUGUUCUAGGAUUCAAUGAUUUCCAGAGUCAGCUUAAUUUUAAUGUCCUGGUAUUGUUAAUAGAUUUAGUGGGAGUUUGUCACCUUUGGGGCCCGAGACAUUGUUUGUCACUUCAAAGCACGGUGAAAAAGAAACCCACUAUAUAUGGUCAACAAAUCUCGGGCAACUCCGUGCCCCGGUACAUCAUCGCGGCUCCGAAUAGGAGUGAAGUCUACUUUGGAACCAGGCACCUAAGUUACUCUGAAGGGUGUACUCUGUCCCACGGGCGUGGCGAAGGGCGUGAGGACCUAGUGUUUACUCGUUGGUCCGAAUUAGUUGCUUAUGGACGGCGAAGUUUUUAUAAUAUCGAAGAUAGACACAAAAUGCUGGACAGGCAGCAUCUCUGGAUAGAAAGAAUAGGCGAUGCUUCGGGUCGAGACCCUUCUUCAGCCCCGGGGUAGAUUACAACAAUAUAAUUCCAACCGAUCUUUACUGCUUGAAAGGCAUACUUGAUUGCAAUAAUUUAUACCCUAUCGCCAUUAUCCUGGCACAGAUACUGGAUAAUCUGCCCGCUGUUGACUUGCAAGUACUUCCGUGUUUCACAAAGUAUCGGCGCAACGGAAACCUAACAACCGUAAAUAAUAAAGGUCGAGGGAGAAUCGAAACUGAAGGUUUUUGUAAUCCCAGCACUUCCGCGGACCGAGGCAGAUACGCAGCGGCGAUGGCAGGAGCUCUCUCUCCCAACCAACCGCUGUCCGCUCUAUGAGGGGAUUGGGACCUCUGAUACUGAAAGAUGCAGGGCGCUGGAAAAGACCCAGGUGAAGAAACAAAGAUGAGCAAAUCCUGCGAUCUACCAGAUAACAUGAAUGAGUGGACCAAAGAGCACGUAAAAUCCUGGGUGAUUGAUCAACUUAAACUUGAUCAGAAAUAUGGCGAAAUACUGUGCAAUGAAGAUGUCAGUGGAGUGGUGUUGGUGGAGCUUGAGAAAGCAAACAUAAUUGAAAUGGGCAUAAAGGCUGGACCAGCCUUCAUGAUGAUACGUAAACGUGAUGGAUUCAUCAAUCGGUCAAAGAAAGCCACAAAGCCAACGGCUAUUGAAAGUCUCCUUCCUACAGGCACAGGUGGUUCUACUUGCAAGACACCCGAGGUUGGUGAUGCAAAGGGCCAGAACAAUGAAUCAGUUACCUCUAAUUUAGCAAAGAAUCCCUCACAAAAACAUCACAAGACAAAGAGUAGACCUGGAUCCAACAGUUCUACAGACAAAGUGGCACAACCUAACGUCAGCUCGUCAAAAUCAGAGAAAAGUGAGAUCAAAGGACAAGAAUGUACACAAGAGAUGAUUGAUACUGUUGCAAAGACACAGUCUGACACUGAAUCAGGAGCCAGAACAUGUAAACUGCAGUCAAACGAAAACAUCCCAAAACCACAAUGUGAACCAUAUCCAUUUGACCAUCGUGACAAAGCCAUAUCAUAUCAACAAAACCAUAUCCUUCCUCCCGAAACCGGGCCCUCCAAUCUAAUAGACCCAGUGCAUGAGUUUAAGCUUUUUAAUUUGCCCGAGAAUGUAACAAGUGCAGAGGUGAAGGAAGAUAUGAUGAAGAAAUUUAGCAAUGAGGUUUUUAGAUUCUCAGCUGCAUGUCUGAAUAGCAGAACAAAUGGGACCAUCCAUUUUGGUGUAGGAGACACCAAAUGUGGAUACAGACAUGGUGAGAUUAUUGGUGUAUCUGUGGAGAGCACAGACAAAUAUGUUGAUUGCUUUUCCAACAGUAUUGUGGUUUAUUUCGAUCAGAAGGAUGUUGCAGAUGCAAACCAUUGCAUUCGACCACCCAAAUUUGUGGAAGUUUUGAAUCCAGAUAAAACUUUGUCAGGAAGGUUUGUAAUUGAAGUUGACAUUGUGCCAAGCUCCUGCAUUUGUGAGUCUAAGUUGUAUUAUAUUCACAUGUUGACUAAACCUGACAAAAAAUGGAUGAGGAGUAAGGAGAAACACUUUUUCAUACGCGAUGGAAGCAGCUCCAGAGAUAUACUGGGAAAUAAAAAUAUCACAGAGAGAGACGCAGAGCACAAAAAAUUUCUCAUUGAGACAUCGGUAGACUUGGUAAAGAGACGGAAAAUUGCUGAAGAGAAACCACAAGAACCAAAAAAGACACAAGAGGGCGGCAAGCUGACUAGGAUGAUUACAGGUGGAUCAGGCAUGCUCGACACAUCCUACUAUCAAUGGUACAUAUUGGUAACAAACAAAUCACUGCAGUAUCAAACUCAGCAUUUUGAAUUUCUAAAUGAAAUUAAUUGGUUUUGUGUGCUGGAUUAUGACCCUGAUUCGGCAACCAGUGGUACAUGUCAUUCUUAUCGUAAAGCAAAAAUUGCAAACCUUCACUCCCCUCAUCAUUAUCAUGAUAUUGAAACAUCACUCCAUGAAAAUAUUGCAAAACUUAAAUUGCACAAACAAACAAGCUGGAUAUUUUGUAAUGGAAGAUCAGACCUUGAAGAUCAGGCAUUCAAGCCUCUGCCGCCCAAACAGUGGUAUAAAGAACAAGCUGCAGACGUCAGGAAACUGGUUUCAUUUCUGUGCCGAGCCGAUAUCAUGCCAAAGGGGAAAUUUCUGGUGGUAUUUUUGCUCUUAUCUAAAGUAGAAGAACAAAGAGAUCCUUUCCAUGAAACUUUCUGUUCAUUUUACCAAGAACUGAAAGGGGCAGAAGACAUAAUAUGCAUCUGUGAAAGUGAGCAGACAUCCGUGCGCUGGAAGGACCUUAUGAAGUGCACAUGUGAUUCACAUGAAGUUACAAAUAGAUGUGUUUCUGCCUUAAGCAUUAAAGAAGUCAAUGAUACAGUUCUGAAAUUAAAGUCAGUCAUUCGGUCAACAAGGCGAUUCUUACCCAUGGCAUCUUCAGCAUCUGUCGUUCUUCAACAGAAAGAUGAGGAACUCUUGACUGCACUGGAAGUCCUGUGUGAAAAUGAAUGUGAGGGCACAGAUAUAGAAACUGAUGAAAGUCAGUUUAAGGAAUUUCAAACAUGUAAGGAAGAACAAUUUUACAGAGGUGGCAAAGCAUCGUGGUGGAAUUUUUACUUUUCUACAGAAGUACCUUUUAUCAAACGAAACAGUUACGACUCUCUUGUUGAAUUCAUUAAUGCAAAAUCACCCUCUGCAAUAAGUGUGAAGAUUAUCAGUUUGUUUCAUCAUCCAGGCUGUGGUGGGACAACUUUGGCCAUGCAUGUUUUGUGGGAUUCAAGAAAAAAGUUUAGAUGUGCUGUACUUAGGGACAGUAAAGAAGACCUGAUAGAAAUUGGAAGACAAGUCAUUGAUCUGGUUACCUAUGAAACUUCCUGUAACUCUGAUUACUUACCUGUAUUACUUUUGGUAGAUGACUUUGAAGAAUUAGAAAAUGUGCAUGUGUUACAGAACUCAAUUCAAAGUGCUGUUGUAGAGAAAGGUCUGCGGGUUGAGUACCCAUUGGUAAUCAUCUUGAACUGCAUGCGCUCACAGGAUCCAAUCAAGAGCAGAAAAAUGAGUGUGUUGGAGAGUAUUGCUUUAAAACAUAAAUUGACUGUUGAUGAACAGCACUUAUUUGAUUUAAAACUUAAGGAGAUUGAAGAGCACCACACAAAACCUGAAGAUUUCUACUCUUUCAUGAUCAUGAAGAGAAAUUUUGAUGAAAAAUACAUUGAAAAUGUAGUCCAUAAUAUUUUGAAGGAUUCAGAUGUUUCAAGCAAACAAGCACAGCUGGUCUCAUUUUUAGCUUUGCUGAACUCACAUGUUAAAGAUUCUUCAAUAUCUGUUUCUAAAUGUGAAGAAUUCUUGGGAUUUGGUCAAGUAAAGACCACAUUUUGGGGUCCUGAAAAGUUUGAAGAUGCGAUAGGCACUUACUCUACCUUACUUAUUCGCAUGGAAGUGGAAGACUAUGGGAGAUACCAGGGUAUUCGGAUCAUCCACCCACUGAUUGCAAAUCGCUGUUUAGAUGAAUUGAAGAGUUCUUACAAUCUUCCCAAGAGUCAGAUUGUCAUUAUGUUGCUAAAUAAAAACAUCUUUCUCCAACGAGGAAUUGGUAAAGAGAAACUCCAACAAGACACGUACAGUAUGUUGAUUACCAGACAGCGAAAAGAACAUGGAGAUGAAGCAGAUACACUGUUCUCUCCUUUAAUUGAAGCAAUACAGAAGGAGGAAGGAAGUGAUCAAGUCAUAAAUGUUUUGACUGAAGCCUCAAAUAAGUUUGACCAAAAUCCCUUCAUUUCACAGGUGUUGGCAAGGCACUUAUAUCGGAUUAAAAAGGAUUUUGACUCAGCACUGGAAUGGUCUUUAAAGGCCAAAGAUAAGGCAAAGGACAAUUCAUACAUAAGAGACACACUGGGCCAAGUUUUUAAAAGCAAAUUAAAAUACAGGAUGGAAUCGGUUGAAGCUGACAAACAAACUGUGGUGUCCCCAAGUCAACUGAGAGAGUUCCUGGACCUUGCAAAAUGUGCUUCAGAAGCUUUCAGAGAAUCACAGCAACUGACAGAAAUGAAGGCGGAUAGAGCUAACUGGCAGGAACAGAGAAGUAAAUUAAAAUCUGAUGUUUACAAUACUUCAGGUUAUUUGGGAGAGAUCGAAGUUGCUCUGUAUGUUAUAGACAUUAUCAGAAUGAUCCCAUUCUUCAGAGGGAAUAAAGAGCAUUUAAUGCAUUUCCUCUCAGGUAAGAUGAAUCUUCAGCACAUUAAAAAAGAAAACAAAGUUGAUGAAGAGUUAUGUUCAAUAGUUAAUGAAUACAACCAAUAUCUGGUUAAUAUUCAGACAUCGAUGAAAACAGCUUUUGACUUUUUUGAAGAUUAUUUUGUCUACUUUAAAACAAGGAACAUUGAGAGAGAAGCGGCUGACUCAAGGAUUCGUAAAAAAGUUUCAGAUUGUUUUGAUAAAUACACUGAAGUAUUUUAUUUAUCACUGUUGGAAAAAAUCUCAGCAAGAAAGAGCAAUCCCAAACUCUGGACACUGGAGCUGGAAGAUCACAUGAAGUUCUUAGAGCUCCACAAAGUAGACCGCUUUGCUGGCUUACUUGAGUUCCUAACAAAUAAUUAUGAAACGGGGAAUAAAAUGGAAGAAAUUGUUGCUAACUACGAAUUCAUUCUCCAGAAAUCAACAAAAGAACAUUUGUCAAAAGAGAAACUAAAUUUUAUCUUGGCCAACAUUGUGCUUAACUGUGUCAAACCAAAUUCCAAGAAAAUUGAAACUUAUGAGGUACUCAGAGUACUUUUGAAGAAAGUUCUGCGGGAUGUGGGGUUUGACUAUGGUUACGUUGAACCAUAUUUCUUGGGUUCCCUAUUAUUUUGGCCAACUAGAAAAAAUGAGUCUGAUGAAGAUUUUGUAUUUCUUCAGAAAAUCAUAACAGCGAUCAAGCAAUCAUUUCGAGGGCGUUAUGAUCGAAUGAGUCAUUCCAAACAUCCUGUUGCACAUUUCUACCUCUGCAAAAGAAAAGGAUUGAAGAGAUUUGUUCACAAAGCAGAAAUUGAUCAAUUUUUCAUCAAGGUGCGACAUCUCAAAUCCUUAUGGCAAUCUGGAGAGAUCUGGAAAGAACCUGAAGUCAAAACGCUUCUCCUUCGCAUGAAUGGUAGAACAGGGGAGGAUAACAAGGUGCACAUUGAGUUUGGCAGUGUCAAAAUUUCUGUGAGACCUGCAUAUUUGGGCAAGCUGAGAAGUGGUCUCAGCAUUGAGAAUGUAUCCUUUUACUUGGGAUUCUCGAUGGACGGACCUAUAGCAUAUGACAUUGAGCCGACAGAUUAAGAGUUUCAGAUAUGGACUGUGGGUUAACAUUGGUGCACCACCUCCCCAUAAUGUUUGACACUCUUACUAAUCAAGAAUCUGUCAAUCUCCAUUUAAAAAACGCCCAAUGACUUGGCCUCCACAGCCAUCUGUGUCAUUAAUUUGACAGAUUCACCACCCUCUGACUAAAGAAAUUCCUUCUCAUCUUCUUUCUAAAGGUAUGUCCUUUUAGUCUGAGGAUGUGCCCUCUGGUCCUAGACCCUCCCACUAAUAGAAACAUCCUCUCCACAUUCUAUCCAGGCCUUUCACUAUUUGGUAGGUUUCAAUGAGGUCACCCCAAUGCUGUCAAACGCUCACCAUCCUUGGGAUCAUUUUCAUAAACCUCUGAACCCUCUCCAACCCAGCACUUCCUCCUUAGAUAUGGAGCUCAAAACGGCUCACAAUACUCUAAAUACGGUCUGACCAGUGCCUUAUAAAGCCUCAAUAUUAUAUCCAUGUUUUUAUAUUCUAGAUCUCUCGAAAUAAAGGCUAGCAAUGCAUUUGUCUUCCUACUGAUUCAACUUGCAAAUUAACCUUUUGGGAAUCCUGCACCAGCACUCCCAAAUCCCUUUGCACCUCAAUGUUCUGAAUAAUUUCACCAUUUAGAAAAUAGUUUAUGCUCACCCAAACUGUUCAAGUCCUGCUUCCUUUACACUACCAGCUCCUCCACUUAUGUUCAUAUUGUAGAUCAGUGCAUGCUCCUUUAACAUAGUGACCUCACCACUACUAACCACUCCCCAUUAUCUUCAGUAUAAUUGUAGCCUCCCCACCUCUAUCUCUCUCUCUAGCUCCUGUGACAGACCACGGACAGCUAGGGCACAGUGUGUGUAUUAUAACAAUGUUUGAAAUAAACUAGUAGUGAAGACAUUGUGUGUUUGACAAGUCUUUACAUGGUGUCAGAAGUGGGAUCCGAACCCACGCCUCCAAUUGGAGCAGCUGUUUGCAGGUCUGCCGUGUGCUAUCAUAGUCGAUGACAUCCUGGUGUACGGGAGGGACGUCGCCGACCAUGACCUCCACCUCCGCCAAGUCCUGGAUAGGGCUCGGGCAGUUAACCUCAAACUCAACCCCAAGAAGUGCCGUUUCCGCGUCUUUUCCAAAACCAGGUGGUCCGGAUGCAGUCCCCUUCCGGACACUACAGGCUGGCUGUUGUCGUCGGUUCUGCGGGCUCUCCACGGUCGUACCUAGUUGACUACGAGGAUACCAUAUACCGCCGGUCCCGCCAGCAUUUGCUGCUGGUCGACGAGCCCGCUCCGCCUCCUGCAGCCCCUUUUGCCCAUCCGAUUGCUUCCUCUCUGCCUACCACUCCUCGCCUGCCCCGGACUCUGCCUUCUCAGCUCUUUGUGCCCCGUUCUCCCACUGCCACUCCUGGUCCCCCCUCGCCUGCCUCGCCCGCUCGCGUGCCGUGGCGGUGCUCGUUUCUCCUCCCCGGUCUCCUUGUCCUCCCUCUCCUACGCGUUCUCCUGCCCGUUCCCCUGUCACCGCUCCUGCUCUCGUCCUUGCCAUUCCUUCGGAGGAGGGGGAGGGCGGGCUGCGUACCCGCUCCGGGCGGUUGGUCAAGCCGCCUGUACGUUAUGGGGAGUUUGCUUGAAUGUUUUACUGUUUCCUGCCGGUGUAUGCGCGGGUUUGUUUCUAGCGUAUGAAUCGUGGUCGCGCUGUCACUAUUGUAAUGCUUUGUUUUCCAAGGGGAAGGAUGUAGAUCAGUGCAUGCUCCUUUAACAUAGUGACCUCACCACUACUAACCACUCCCCAUUAUCUUCAGUAUAAUUGUAGCCUCCCCACCUCUGUCUCUCUCUCUAGCUCCAGUGACAGACCAUGGACAGCUAGGGCACAGUGUGUGUAUUAUAACAAUGUUUGAAAUAAACUAGUAGUGAAGACAUCGUGUGUUUGACAAGUCUUUACACAUAUCAUCUGCAAACUUGGCCACAAAGCCUUCAAUUCCCUCAUCCAAAUCAUUGAUAAACAAGGUGAAGAGUAGUGGCCCCAACACUGAUCCCUGUGGAACACCAAUCUUUGCCCUUCCAUUCAGCCAACCUUAUAUCCAUGCUGGUAUCUUCCCUCUAAUACCAUGGACUUGGAAGCCUCAUCAUUUACAAUCUGUGGUUGCUGGAACAGCAGGCUAUUUACAGGGCCUAUAAAUAACAUGGCUAAAUUGAGUUUUAAUUAGAAUUGGCUUAAGUGUUGGAUGAUCCAGAAUACAAUGCCUAGUCCAUCGUGCAAAUCUGCCUUCAUCUAAACUUUGAUGCUGCCUCAGGAAAACAGGCAACAUAAUUAAGGACCACACACAUUGCAGUAAUUUUCUUUACUCCCCUGAAAGCACAUAGCAUCAGAUUCAUGCACAGCUUAUUCGCCACUGUUAUUAGAGUUUUGAAAAGACCUCAGGAGUUCCUGUUCUUCCAAUCUACCUAAUUGCAGCCUUUGAACUUUGUUAUCUGCAUUUUCGCUAUCACUUUAUUCUACACACUGUUUAUUUUGUCUUUUGCACUGCCUGAUGCACUUGCAGAUAGUAUGAUUUGCCUCGCCAGCAUUUAAAUUAUUGUACACGUGACAAUAAUAAUCUAAUACCAAUACAAUGAUGCACUUACUGCUUCCGGCCUCCUACAGGGAACCCCAGUGGCGAUUCCACUGGGUCUUCCCCUUCCCCUUUUAACCAGGUAGCCCCAGCCACUCCCCACCCAUACAAUAGUCCUCAUGCCCCUCUCUGAACACCCACCAUCCCCCCCACCAGACAUCGCCUCGGCCUCCAUCUACUCACCUGCCCUCAUCCGACCCCAACCCCACCCUUGCCAUGUGUUCACCAUCUCCCCUGACAUCCCCCUUCCUGAUACGGAACGGUCUGUCCUCAGCAGAGGCCUCACCUUUGUUCCCCUCCACCCACCUCCAACGAGUUCUGGGUCCGCCACAAUGUAGAGCUCUUUUUCCGUCGCCUCCGUGCCUUUUUCUAUGUGGAGUCCUCACAACCUAGUGAUGACCCCUUCUCCCAAAUCCAACGGACCCCCUCCUCUUGGACUCCCCAGAUGGACCUCGACCUUCUUUAGACCUUGACAUUUCCAGCUGCUGGCAGGACAUCAACCGCCUCAAAUUUUCCACUCCCCAUACUCUUACCACAUCCCCCCUGAACGUUCAGCCCUCCACUCACUCUGCAGCAACCCUGACUGGAUUAUCAAACCCGCCGACAAAGGAGGUGCCUUGGUAGUCUGGCGUGCUGAUCUCUACAGGACUGAGACCAGGCGACAACUCUCAGACACCUCCUCCUACUUAUCCUUGGACCAUAACCCCACAGACGAGCACCAGGCCUUAAGCAUUAAUCAUUUCAUCACUUCCAUCUCUCUGCCCUCUAUAGCCUCCAACCUUUUCGUUCCCCAGCCCCACACGGCCCGAUUUUAUCUUCUCCCUAAAAUCCACUAACAGAACUGUCCUGGCAGACCCAUUGUUUCUGCUUGUUCAUGUCCCACCGAAUUAAUUUCCACAUACUGUACCUCGACCAUCCUAUCCUCACAUGCUCUUCAUCUCCACAAUGACAUCUGUUUUCCAGGCCCCCACUCCCGCAUCUUUACAAUGGACGACCAGUCACUCUGCACCUCCAUCCCCCACCAGGAAGGUCUUAAAGCCCUUCAUUUCUGCCUCGACCGCAGAACCAGCCAAUUUACAUCUACCAAUACUCUCCCCCGCCUAGCAGAGCUGGCCCUUACCAGCAACAACUUCUCCUUCAACUCUCCCCACUUCCUCCAAUUCUAAGGCGUAGCUAUGGGCACUCGCAUGCCUGCAUCUUUGUAAGGUACGUCGAACAAUCCCUGUUCCAGGCAGACACUGGCCCUAUCCCCAAAUUCUACCUCCGCUACAUUGACACCUGCAUCGGUGCUACCUCCUGCACCCAUGCAGAACUCACUGACUUCAGCAACUUCACCACUAAUUUCCAUCCUGCACUCAAAUUCACUUGGACCAUCUCCGACAUUGCCCUCCUGUUUCUAGAUCGCACCGUCUCCAUCACAGGAAAAAGACUAUUGACCGACAUCUACUACAAACCUACAGACUCCCAUAGCUAUCUUGACUACAAUUCUUUCCACCCUGCUUCCUGUAAAGACUCUAUCCCUUCCUCCAUCUACACUGCACCUGUACCCAGGAUGAGGUGUUCCAUACUAGGUAAUCAGAGAUGUCCUCAUUCUUUAGGAAACGGGGGUUCCCCUCUUCCAUUAUACAUGAGGCUCUCACCAGGGUCUCCUUGAUAUCCCGCAGCUCCGCUCUUGCUCCCCCUCCCCCCAUUCGUAACAAAGACAGAGUCAACCUUGUCCUCACCUUCCACCCCAUCAGCCGUCGCAUACAGUAUAUAAUCCUCCAACAUUUCUGCCACCACCAACGGGAUCCCACUACUGGCCACAUCUUCCCAUCUCCACCCCUUUCCACAGAGAACGUUCCCUCCGAAACUCCUAACUCAACUCGUACCUUCCCACCCAAACCACCCCCUCCCCAGGUACUUUCCCCUGCAACCGCAGAUGUCCCUUUACUUCCCCCCACGACUCCAUCCAAGGACCCAAGCAGUCUUUCCAGGUGAGGCAAAAGUUCACUUGGACAUCCUCCAACCUCACCUACUGUAUCCGCUGUUCCAGGUGUCAACUUCUCUACAUCGGCGAGACCAAGUGCAGGCUCAGCGAUCAUUUCGCUG